GCUGGCGUGUAACAUGCUUCUUGAUUUCUGUAUUCUAUCCUGGGAAUCCGUUAGUUUGUCUCACCUGGAUAGAUUAGCACUAACAAUCCCAAAUUCUGAAUAUUGCUGUCCCCUUGAUUAAGCAAAAUUGCAGGUAGGAGGAUCAUCCUGGAUACUAUAAUAAGAUGAUGCGCCUUAGAAUAUGCGUUUGACAAGAUUUUUUGGUACAGAAAAAGAUAGCGGGGCAUCUUUUUGCCAAUCUUCUUCUGCUCCUUGUUUGGUGUCAUUUGUCGGUAGCCGGGCGCCUUCUUUUCCUUCUCAGCAAUUUCUUCCACUGCAUUAGGACUCUUCACGUUCUCCUCCUGCAGUCCCAAACUUGUCCACGUUGAUCGAUCAACUUGUGGUGGAUCAGAAUCAGAUCAUCGCCAACUCUUUCCACGAGCAUGGCAUGUGAAAAGUGGAGGAAGGUGUUGCAGAGUACAAUUGUGGAAAGAAUUGACAACCACCAGUAAACUAAGCUGAUAAGGAUGACAGAUUCUUUUGGUCAAUGGGUUUGGUAGGUGCGGCCAUUGACUUCCCUGGAGGGAAGGUUUCAUUUGUAGCUGAAAUGAACUUCCUUCCGGAGUCACACGGGGAAAGGAUCAGCUGUUAUCGUGUUCUUGACGAUGAUGGCAGAACAAUAUCUGGUAGUAGAUUCCAAGAGGUCAGUAAGGAGGUGGCUCUGAAAAUGUACAUCGAGAUGGUCACCCUCCAGAUCAUGGAUAACAUCUUCUAUGAAGCGCAGAGGCAGGGUAGAAUCUCCUUUUAUCUCACUUCCAAUGGUGAGGAAGCGAUAAACAUAGCAUCUGCUGCUGCACUUAGUAUUGACGACAUUGUGCUGCCUCAGUACAGGGAACCUGGUGUUCUUCUGUGGCGCGGUUUCACACUGCAAGAGUUUGCAAACCAAUGCUUUGGGAACAGUAUGGAUUAUGGUAAAGGGAGGCAAAUGCCUAUUCACUAUGGAUCAAACCGUCUUAACUAUUUCACGGUCUCAUCACCUAUUGCAACACAGCUCCCUCAUGCUGUUGGAGCUGCCUACUCUCUGAAGAUGGAUAAAAAGGACGCAUGUGCCAUCACAUACUUCGGCGAUGGCGGCACAAGUGAGGGAGACUUCCAUGCCGCGCUCAACUUUGCAGCUGUUAUGGAUGCACCGGUGGUCUUCUUCUGCCGCAACAAUGGCUGGGCAAUCAGCACCCCGACCACUGAACAGUUCAGAAGUGAUGGAGUGGUUAUCCGUGGCCAGGCUUAUGGGAUCCGUGGUAUCAGAGUAGAUGGCAAUGAUGCUCUUGCUGUUUACAGUGCAGUCCAUGCUGCCCGAGAAAUGGCUAUAGCUGAAGGGAGACCAAUUUUAGUUGAGGCCUUGACUUACAGAGUCGGCCAUCACUCAACAUCUGAUGAUUCAACCAAGUACAGGCCAGUUGAUGAGAUCGAACAUUGGCGAACAGCAAGGGAUCCAAUUUCCAGAUACAGAAAAUGGGUUCAGGGGAAUGACUGGUGGUCUGAUGCUGAAGAAUCUGAACUAAGGAGGAGAGUGAGAAAAGAGCUUCUUCAAGCCAUUCAGGUUGCAGAAAGAAUGCCAAAACCACCAAUUGCUGAGCUUUUCACUGAUGUUUAUGAUCAGAUCCCUUCCAACCUGCGAGAACAAGAGCGAUUGCUGCGGGAGACAAUCAUGAAGCACCCCGCAGACUACCCAACUGAUGUACCUGUUUAGUUUUCCAGGAUUUAGAUGAGCAACAUCAUUGUGUAAGUAGUGAUGAUUGAGAUCCAUAGCAUUAUAAACAAUAUAGUGAUUCAGCCAGUAAUCUCCUUAUUCAAUAGGCUCUAAAACAAUAAUUCAACCUGCCAGAUGUUUACAACAAGCUCAUAUAUGUUUGUACUGUGGCUCGCAUUUAUGUGGAAUAGAGUCAUAAGGAGAUA